AUGCCAAAGUGUACCAGACAAGGGUGUCAGCAGGAGUAUGCCGAGUCCGAGAACUCGGAAGGGUCGUGCUCUUACCAUCCCGGAGGGCCUGUGUUUCACGAAGGCCUGAAAUCAUGGUCGUGCUGCAAGGACAUAUCAAAGCCCGUGCUGGAGUUUGACCAGUUCAUGGCUAUACCGCCAUGUACGAAAGGCACACAUACCUCCGUAAAAAUCGCUCAACCCGCCCCAACUAGCGAUGUCCCACACACAGCUCCUAAUUCCUACAUCAACGAGGCUGGCGCAGAGGUCUACGGAUCGGCUCCGCCCAUGUCCGCAGUCGUCGACAGCUCUCCGAGUCCCUCUUUUCCUGCGUCCUCUGUCCCAGCGGUGACGAAAACAUCUGCUCCACCCAAACCCGGCGCCGCGGUGGUUGAGGAGGAUGAUCUCACCGUGCCCGUACCGGAGGGCGCGAAGUGCAAGCGUCUGACCUGUGGCAAGGAAUGGGAGGGAGAGGACAGGUCGAGAGGAGAUGGUGAGGCGGCUAGAUGUAGGCAUCAUCCGCAAGGGGCAAUCUUCCACGAGGGUUCGAAAGGUUAUCUCUGCUGCAAGAGACGCGUCCUCGAGUUUGACGAGUUUCUAAAGAUUGAAGGGUGCACUGUAGGCAACCACCUAUUCGUCGGGACGAAGAAGGACGAGGACCAGGAGGAGAUCAUCAACUGCCGAAUAGACCACUAUCAGACUCCUCUCACCGUCCACGUCUCCGCAUUUGCCAAAUCCGCCGAUAAAUUCAAAUCAUCAGUCACCUUUCGCUCCCAAGAGCUCAUUCUCGACCUCUACCUUCCCGCCAACAAACGAGUCAAUAAAACACUUACACUCUACGGUCCCAUCUCACCGGAAGAGUGCACUUAUCGGAUCCUAGGGAGUAAGGUGGAGAUCGUGUUGAAGAAGCCGGGGGCGGCGAGUUGGCCAUUAUUGGAGCUACCAGCGGCGGGAGCGGAGCUGCCUAAAGGAUACGCUCUGACUUUUGGGGUAAGCGGCAGGACGGGCACCGUCGGUGGGAAGGAGAUUGUGCUGGCGCAGGAGGAGGUGGCGAAGAGAGGGUAG